UACCUAUUUCAGCCGCGCAAUCGAACCAAAAGACCAAACAUUUUUCAAUUUUUGACAACAUGGCAUCUCAGGCAGAUUACAUUGUCGUCGGCGGCGGACUAACAGGCUGCGUCGUCGCAUCGCGUCUCAAACAGCGAGAUCCAUCGUUAGAUAUCUUCCUCCUUGAAGCAGGCCCUGACGCAUCUGAUAAUCCCAACGUCAAGACCUUCCCAGGUCUCUUUUCUCUCCUGGACUCAGAUCUAGACUGGUCAUAUGCAACGACACCACAAGCCAACACUGCGAACCGCAAACACACUGUCCACGCAGGCAGAGCCCUCGGCGGCGGAAGCACCACCAACUUCGGCGGAUGGAGCAGGGGGGACGCCAAAGACUAUGACCUGUGGGCGGAUACUGUCAAAGACGACAGAUGGAGUUUCAAGGGACUGCUGCCUUACUUCCGCCGGUCGGAGUCGUUCUUUGACCGCAGUGCUGAUGCUGCAUACCAUGGUUUUGACGGUCCGGUUCGUGUGACGUCUGUGUCUGCGAGUGAUCCAAAGCGACGAUACCCACUUCGAGACCCGAUUAGGGAUGCCUGGCUUGAGGUCGGCGAGAGGUAUAACCCUGAUGCAGGAUCUGGACAGCUUUCUGGGAUUGUUGAGUUCCUGGAGACAUGGGAUGGUGGAGAGCGACAGGCCGCGUACCAGGCGUAUAGUCUCGACGGUGUGCAGUGCAUUACCAAUGCCGCUGUUCAUAAAGUUGAGUUUAAUGGAUCGGCCCAGAAGAAAGCUUCUGCAGUUCUCCUCGCGGAUGGUCGUCGCUUUACUGCACGGAGGGAAAUCAUCCUGGCGGCUGGUUCACUGCGCACUCCCCAGCUUCUUAUGCUGUCUGGUAUUGGACCUGCAGAGACUCUAUCGAAGCAUGGAAUUCCGAUCACUGUCGAUGCUCCAAAUGUUGGAAAGAACCUAACAGACCAUUUCGCGUUGUAUCAGCUCUACAAACUGCGCAACCCCGAACGCGGUCUCGCGCUGGGAAGCCCAGCCCUCUCCGAUCCAGCAUUCAUGAAAGGUCUUCCCACAGACUGGACUGUGAACCAGCAAGUCCCAAGAGAAAUUCUAGAGACAGCCGUACAAAAGGAUAGAGAGCGCUUCGGUCCAAACUCAGACGACUCGGUUCUCAUUCCUGGCCGCCCGCUUGUUGAAACACUGCCCGUCUAUGCACCAGCUGGUAUUCCGGACGCGCCUAUGGACGGUAGCCUCAUCGUCACCUCAGUCAUGCUCCUCGGUGCGACGUCCAGAGGGAGCGUGAGUAUCAGCUCACCCGAUCCUGCUGAGCCACCGUUGGUAGACUCAAACUACUACGACACCGAAGCUGACCGCGCAGUACUUAUCCACGGUGCGCGUCGCACGGCACAGGCGAUGCUCGACACUGACGCACUGAAGGAAUACAUCGAGUGCGAGGUCCCUCCACCAGGAAUGCCUCCACUCUCGUCCAAGUCCUCUGAUAGCGAGUACGAUGCCCGGAUUAGGGCUACAGGAAUGGCGCACCAUCAUCCGGCUGGGACGGCGGCGAUGGGGAGGGUUGUUGAUUCCAGCCUACGGGUUUAUGGAGUGCAGGGGCUUAGGGUUGUGGACGCGAGUGUGCUUCCUGUGAGUAUUGGGGGGCAUCCGCAGGCGACGCUUUAUGCUGUUGCUGAGCAGGCGGUGGAUAUAAUGCAAAUAUACAGCUAGCGUGUUGAUGUAUCUAUUGUGGAAAAGUUACGGACUGCAGUUCCAGCUUUCAGCAGUGCUUGGGUCCCCGGAUCCAUUCCAGAUACUUUGUUUUGGAUAGUAGCAGUGUUCUAAAUGCGUCAGUUGGGUAUACAGCAGGAGUAGUUGUGAAUAGACGUACUUCUGUGCGAUUCAACCUUGAUAUCAUCAUACUUUGUCCCAAUCAGAA